GACCAAAACUAAAAUGGACAGCGGGUGCAUUGGGGUCGAAUCAGACGUAACCAAGUAGUCGACAUGGACACACGUUUGCUAGCUGCACUCUUGCUGAUCGCUGCAUCCACAGCUGAGGAUCAGGAGGGCCGGGUCGAGGAGGUGCCCAGGCGAGUGAAGCCCGGCCGAUAUGUGCCCCAGCUGCACGGAGCCACGGGCUGGUACAUGCCGGAUAACAGCGGAAAGUAUCAGCACGAUCCCAGGCCCUAUGACGGCGGAUACGGGGAUCGUGGUCAGCCGUACUCAUCCGACCUGCGGGGCAUCUUCUCCAGAGCCCAGAAGCAGCUGGAGGAGGCCACCGACGGCCUUUCGCUCGGUCCCCGGGAUCACCUGCGCUUCAUGAUCGACUUCAACUUCAACGGCACCGGCUGGCAGAUCAUCCAGUUCCAGUGGGUGCGCGAUGGCGAUGAGUCGCAUCCCGAUGCCAAGCAGUACAGCUAUGUGAACGAGAACAGACUGUGGGACUCGGACCAGGCCUAUGAGUACCAGGAGCCCAGCGAUGGCUGUGAGGUGAGCUGUCAGCCGGAGACUGCAGAUGCUGAAGGAUACCAGGAGUCGCCGGAGCCUGUCCAGGAGCCAGUUGGGGAUCAGAACCAGCCAAGUGCCAGUAUCAAUUCAGAAAAGGAUCCCGCCAAGAUUCAAGACACCAUACAUGAGGUCCUGGAGUACAUACAACAGCGAAUCCUGCCAACAUUGGGAUAAAACUAUAACUUAAAUCGAUCGAGCAUAAUUAAAUUAAUAAAUGACAAAAAAGUA